GCAGACGCCCACCCCUUCUCCUCCCUGUGCAGCCUGGAAACCAUUGCCGAGGAGCCAGCCUGGGGUUCUGGCCCCCCACCGCUGGGGGCCGUCUCCCCCAGCCACGCCCCUGGAGGGCCCCAGUGCUCUGCAGGGCCCGGCACCAGCUCGGCGAGCCCCCCAAGGGCGGCUCUGGGAGCUUCCAGGCCCCUCCAGCUCGGGACCGGGAGCCAAGGGAACGCUGAGCCAGCCCCCGAAAGCAGGCAGUCGGCGUGCCACGGCGGGGGCCCUGCUGGGGCCUGCAAGGGGGCCCCCGGUAGCCAGACGGACGGCAGGGGCCACCCCCGGGCUCUGGGCCACGUGCUCAGAAGGGCCAAGAGCGAGGGGCAGGUGCCCUCGGAGUCCCUGGGUGGACGGUGGCCCCUGGCCAGGCCCCGCCCUGUCGUGUCCUUGGAUGCCACUGGCGGUGACCAGCUAUGGCAGCCGCUGGAGCCAAGCAGCCACUGUGGCAGCGUGUCCUCGUCCUCCAGCCUGUCGUCUGGUGACACGGUCAUCGACCUCUCCCUGCAGGGCCUGGGCUUGGGACUUGAGAGCCUCCCAGGGGCCCCGGCAGGACGCCUGCCCCUGUGGCCCUGCUUGGCCUCGGCCGCCUGCCUGGACCUGCCCGCUGUGACCAAGAGCAAAUCCAACCCCAACCUGCAGGCUGCUGGCCAGCUGCCUGUGGGGCCUGACGAGCUGCAGCCCCACCCCCUGGCCCCAUGGCCACCCUGGGCCCACCACCUCCUGGUGGGCCUCCCGGACUGCACUGUGGCUGCCAAGUCCAAGAGCCUCGGGGACCUGACCGUGGACGACGUUGCCCCCCCGCGUGGAGAUCCCGGGCCGCGGCCUGGGCCUGGCUGGGGAGAGGCUGGCAGGGCGGGGGGGCGCGGCUGGACGCCCUGACGGAGCAGCUGCGUAGGCUCACGGGGUUCCAGCAGGCUGGGGGCAUCACGUUGCCCACCAGCGGGGCCCCG